GCACAUGUUUUCCAUGAACGGUUAGUUGUUUUGGUUUUGGUUUAAGUGUGCGGUGCUGUAUACCGUUUCUGUAAAUAUACCUGAUUGAUUUUGCAGUAAAAGUUCUGGUUCUUGAUUAAUCAAACACAUUGUGCUUAUAAUGAAGGACAACACUCCUCCGAUGUCCCCCUAUGAGUUAAAUGAGGAGGAAGCAGAUGAUGAGCUGAUAUAUAUUGGUGACGCUGAUGAAGUUUUAGAUCAAUGGGAAAACAAUGCCGAUGAUAGUGUGGAUUCUCACGAAGAUUACGGAUUCGCUGAUGAUGAGUACGAUUCCGAAAAUGUGUACGUUCCGGAACGUGAUGAUGCUUUGGUUACAUUUACCAAGCAUACCGGACCAGUAUUCUGCGGUUCUUUGCAUCCUUCAGAAGAUCUAGCCGUGACAGGAGGAGAAGACGAUCGUGCUUUUGUAUGGAACAUCAAAAGUGGAGAUGUAAUUUUUGAAGCUCCUGGACAUACAGAUUCGGUGAUUGCAUGUGAGUUCAGCUAUGAUGGAAUGUUCUUAGCGACUGGGGAUAUGGCUGGACAGAUUCAGGUUUUCAAAACUACACAAGAUUACAAAAAAGUUUGGGAGUUUCCCAUGGGCGAUAUGUGUUGGAUGAAGUGGCACUUCGGAUCGCACGUUCUUCUUGCAGGAGCCGAUACCGGGGAAAUUUAUGUAUGGAGGAUACCAUCUGGAGAUUGCAAGGUAAUGCAAGGAUUCGGAGAAAAGUGUGAGAUUGCAAAGUUGACUCAUGAUGGAAAGAAAAUCGCUGCUGGAUACGGCAAUGGUUCGUUUAAAAUAUGGGACAUUAAAAGUAAUGUCCCGUCACUGGAUAUAGUACCGAAUGAGUCCUUUGGUCACACAAGCAACAUCACCUGUAUGUCAAUUGAUCGAGACAGCCAGCUGGUUUUAACAGGAAGCGAAGAAGGCAAGGCUGUUAUAAUGGGUCCAUCUGGACCGGUUGGAUCUCUGCAACCAGAGGAUGGACCAGUGGAAGCGGUAGUAAUUGAUUACCCGGAUUUUGAGGUGAAAGUGGCUGCUACUGGGACGUUGAAUGGUACAGUUACAAUAUGGGACGUUACCAGGCAAACUGCACGAGUCCAAUGUGAAGACUCCCAUCGGACAGGAAUAACCAAGUUACUUUGGGGGAAAGAUAAUAGUUUGGUUGGGGGGACUCUGGGUGGCAUUAUUAAAGUUUGGGAUCUACGCAGUGGAUCGCUUAAGUAUGAUUUACUUGGUCAUCGAAAUGAUAUUCAGGAUGUUACCUACGAUAUGUCUAGAAAUUUGCUACUUUCAACGUCUGAGGAUGGAACUGCGAAAAUAUUUCAACUCCGAUAGAGUUAGUAGUAAACCAAUUGAAAUGUAUGAAAUGUACUAUAGAGUAAAUAUUUUUUAUGAACAUUUAAAUAGCUUGCUAAUACAAGAGCUAAUCCACAGGUUUAUGCCAUUGUUAAA